ACUUGUGCGAUACGGGGCUGUCUGGUCGAUGCACUGUCAGAUCCAACUGCCUCCUUGCAAUCUCAUGAUUAUGCCGAUGCAACAAGCAAUCCAGUCAGCCUCAUACCUACCUCCUCCCCGGAAAUAAUCAGUCAGCAUCCCACAAACAAACAAACAAACAGACAAACAAACAACAUUGACCCUUGCAUCCCGUCCCCCGUGCAUCCAUGCAAUGAACCGUUUCUACCGUUGGGAUCCAUGUUUGUUUUGUUUGCUGUUGAUGCUGUUGUUGUCGCUGUUGUUGAAAGCAGUCUGCUCGGGUCGGCCUUAUUCGGCACGCGAGCAUUCGAAUCCAUCCUUCAUCGGGCGGGCUUCGACUCAAUCCACGUUCCCAAUUUGGAAACCCGGCCGCCGCCGCUGUCGCCGUCCUCCCUACAGAUUGUGCAAUCUCGCUCAGACCGGCAAUCGAUCGCAUCGACCGCCUUUGAUAGGAAAAGUACCUUGACUGUCCAUGUGCAUUGCGACCUGGUUAGGUGUCCGCGUCUGGUCGCUCAAUCAAUUGACCAACGUAGCAAAACAAUCCCUCAUCAGAUCCCGUGGUGA